GCAACCCACCCAAAAGGGGCAAAACCAUAAUAAAUCCUGCUGCUCGCCCCGAUGCUCCGCCGCCGCCGCGCCCCACUCCUCCUCGCGGCCGCGGCGGGCGCGGCCCUGGCGGCCACGUCCGCCACCUCCCCUUCCGCCGACGGCCUCGGCGUCGCCUCCACGCUCCACGGCGUCGCCCGCUCCUCCCGCGCCAUUUACACGAUUGGCUUCGUGGCCAUGGACUACAAAUACUCGCUGCGGGGGCUGCUUCCUGGGUCGGCAGAUUACCGGGGUAAGCUGUCCGAGGUUCACUUGAGGUCAGCAAAAAAGCUGCUUAGACUAUGUGAAGCGAAUAGAGGCUUUUAUGUAAAAGCUGGUCAGUUUGUUUCAUCACUAAGACAAGUACCAAAGGAGUACAUAUCAACUCUAUCCUGCCUGCAGGAUCAGGCAACUCCAUGCAAAUAUCAAGAUAUCAAAAUAGUGAUCGAACAAAAUUUGGGCAAGGAUUUACAUGGCAUAUUCCUGGAAUUUGAUGAACAUCCGAUCGCUGCUGCAUCAAUUGCUCAGGUUCAUCGAGGUCGGUUGAAUAAUAAUCAGGAAGUAGCUGUAAAGGUUCAGUAUCCUGGGUUGGAGCGGCGAAUGAAGCUAGACAUAAUGACUAUGUCCCUCUUGUCAAAAUAUGUCUCUUUGAUCUUUCCUGAUUAUAGGUUUGAGAAAAUAUUACUUGAAUUUGAGAGAACCAUGUCAAUGGAACUGGAUUUUACCCAAGAGGCUAAGAAUUCCGAGAGAACUGCAAGCUGCUUCAGGAAAAAUGAUGUUGUCAAAGUACCUCAUGUUUUUUGGGAACUGACAACCAAGGAGGUCUUGACAAUGGAAUUUUGUACUGGCCACAAGGUUGAUGACUUGGACUUCCUAAGGAAAGCCGAUAUCAGCCCUACAAAGGUAGCUAAAGCAUUAAUCGAACUGUUUGGUGAAAUGAUAUUUAUACAUGGUUUUGUUCAUGGUGAUCCUCAUCCUGGAAACAUAUUGGUUUCUCCUCGAGGCCAAGGGAGAUUUUCAUUAGUUUUGUUGGAUCAUGGUAUUUAUAAAGAAUUGGACCCAAAGUUUAGACUGGACUACUGUAAGCUGUGGAAAGCAUUGAUAUCGCUGGAUGUGCAAAAAAUUCUGGAGUUAGGUGAACAGUUUGGUGUCGGGAAAUAUGCGAAGUACUUUCCUUUAAUAUUCACUGGAAGGACUAUAGACAGCAAAUCAGCUCUUGGAACACAAAUAUCUGGUGAAGAGAAGACACGUAUAAAGCAGGACUUGAACUCUCUUGGAAUGGAUGAUAUAUCUUCAUUUAUGGAAUCCUUGCCGCCUGAUUUUCUGGUCAUACUUCGAACAGAUGGACUAUUGAGGUCCAUUUUAGGGAAUCUAGGGGCGCCACGUCAUGUUCGACUUCUUGCUUAUGCAAAGUGUGCCAUAUACGGCCAUGAGGAACAGUCCAGAUUGGGGUCCGCUCCUGCAGCUGGUGAAGUUUGGCAAAUGGGGCUCCAGGAAGGAGGUCAUGCACGUCUCAAGGGAACUUGCAGCUGGAUUCAGCAAAUUGUACAAUUAGAUGGUUGGACGCUGGUGCUACUAAGUUUGUGUUGACAUGAGUGUCAAAAAAACAUCUUACAUUAUGGGACUGAGGGAGUAGUUCAUAGUAAUCUGCUAGGAAUUUAGAUACUUAUUAGGAGUAGUACUCUGUGACACACUAUUAAGAGAAAAUUCACAUGUUCGUGCAGUCUAGAUAUUGUGUAUGAGAGUGACUGGGAGUGGCAAGUAUCGUGUCAGUGAUUAAUGUUGCCUCAUUUUUCUUAUUCAUUAAGGCGCAUUUCUCUCA